UUGAUUACCUGGCCUGUGUAGACCAUGGAGGAAGUGCCCUGUGCAUUUUUCAGGGACAUUGCUGGGCUUACAUCAGCUUAAAGGGGCACAUCAUGGCGGAAGGGUUGUAACCCAGCUAAUUAACCUGAAGCUGCCGCUGACAUCUGCUGGGGAACCUCUCCAAUGGAGGCCCUCGGCAGCAACUUGUCCUGUGAUUUCUAGCUUUCUUGAGGUGCCUCUCCUUGUGCCCUUUCUAUUUCCUUCUUGCAUGAACAAGGUCCUCAGCUCCCCCAUGUGCAUUAUAUGCUUCACUAAAGCUCUUGGCCACGUGUUUAAAACAUAUUUGAUGGCCAGUUACAACUUUGAGUUCAGGAGCUGGCCUGUGGACUUCCGAUGGGAUGAGGCAGGCGGCAAGGAUAGCAGCCCUGGCCACCGGGCUGCAUCCCAGACCACAGCCAGAGAGGGUCUGCUGAAAUCAGCUCUGCACAGAGGGCCUAGGACCACCCAGUGUAACUAUCUCCGCAAGAUGAAGCAGUGGCCUGGCCAGCUGGUCUGUUAUAUGGUGGCUCACUCCUUAGGCCGGUGGCUGCUUUACCCAGGCUCCCUGUACCUCAUGCAGAAAGCCCUGCUGCCUUUACUGGUGAAGGGGCAGGCUCGCCUGCUGGAGGAGUUUCACGGGAAGCGGGCCAAGCUGGUGGCUCGUGAUGGGAACGAGAUCGACACCAUGUUUGUGGACAGGAGAAAGAGCUCAGGGAUGGAGGAGGAACAGCGAGGGAAGCAGCUGGUGAUCUGCUGCGAGGGGAAUGUUGGUUUCUAUGAAGUGGGGUGUUUCUCCACCCCACUGGAGGCUGGCUACUCGGCCCUGGGGUGGAACCACCCUGGCUAUGCUGGGAGCACGGGCCUGCCCUUCCCACAGAAUGACGCCAACGCUGUGGACGUGGUGAUCCAGUAUGCCAUCUGCCGCCUGGGUUUCCAGGUGCAAGACAUCAUCCUCUAUGGCUGGUCCCUGGGGGGCUACACAGCCACCUGGGCCGCCAAGACCUACCCGGAGCUGGGGGCCCUAGUGCUGGACGCCACCUUCGACGACCUGCUCCCCCUGGCCCUAAAGGUCAUGCCCAAGAGCUGGAACAAGCUGGUGGUCCAGACGGUGCGGCAGCAUUUCAACCUCAAUGUGGCCGAGCAGCUCUGCAGCUACCCAGGGCCGGUGCUGCUGAUCCGGAGGACUGAGGAUGAAGUCACCACCACCCGCAUCAGCGCCGCGGACCAGCUCGCUGACAUCAGGUCCAACAGAGGCAAUGAGCUGCUCCUGCAGCUGCUGAAGUACCGCUACCCCGAGGUCAUAUCCUGGGAAGGGGAGGCGGCCAUCCGUCACUGGCUGCGAGCCUCCAACCCGAGGCAGGAAGAGGCCGUCUGCAGACGCUUCGAGGUGGAUGAUGACUGGUGUGUCAGCAAGUUGCAAGGCUACAAAUCCUGUCUUGGAGGUGAAGACAGCUUCCCCUGGAGGGUCGGGAAGGAUGUGACCCCCAGGAGAAGGCAGCAGCUGGCCUUGUUUCUGGCCAGGAAGCACAUGAAGAAUGUGGAGGCCACACACUGGUCUCUCUUACUGCCCAAUGAGUUCCAGAUGCCCUGGAAGCUGUAGCUGGGGAGUGGUGGGGAGAUUGUCCCAGGAGAGAGAAAGGCAGAGGCCAGGAUUUAACAAGCCGGGUUUCCCUCUUCAAUAUGCUCAUUGUGUGCAUUUCCAAUCAUUCCCAGCUGAGCGCCCAGUAAAGGUGAAGUGACAAGCUC